AUGUAUGUUACGGACGCUUACACGCUGUCGAACGCCCAGUUCUGGGAAGACUACUACAACUCCACCGACCCGACUGUCUUCGACUGGUAUGGCUCUUGGCACACGGACGUGAUGUGGCUCGAAGGCGAAGCCACCGAGAGCCUGGGGACAGUGCUCGCGCGGCACUUGGAUCCACAGGCGUCCAUCUUGGUCUUAGGCUGCGGGCGCUCCGAUCUCUCGGAGCUCAUGUAUCGGGAAGGCUUUGAGAACAUCACGAACGCGGACAUCAGCGAAUCGCUCCUCCAGGGACUGGAGUCACGCCUCGGACCCUUGAUGCCAAAGAUGUCAUGGAAGUGGAUGAAUGCGUCGGCGAUGUCUGCAGACUCAGCUUCCUUCGACAUUGUUCUGGAGAAGGGCACCUUUGAUUCCCUGCAAGAGAACCUGGGCCUUCUCGAGGCGGCAUCCGCAGAGACUCGCCGUGUUCUUCGCCGCGCCGGGCUUCUGAUCUCCAUCACGGACGCGCCACGAGACCGCCGCCUGGAUCAGCUCGGGCGCAAGCGCUGGCAAGACUGCCUGACCCACAGCGGCCGAAUACCGACCACCACAGGGGAGAAGGAGAUCUUUGUGCACGUCUGCCGGAAGUCUGCAUCUGCGGGAGCAUGGACUGACUUGCUGAGGACAUCAGCUCGGAAUGUGACGGAGCUUGCAAGUGACCCUCGGACACGUGAACGCACUGCAGACUUCAGGCCUCGAUUUGCGACAUGGUCCACCUCCCUGAUCUGCCAGGCUUGGACGGGCGUCCCAGACUUUGCGUACGGCCCCAAGUCAUCCUUCUGGGCAAAGGAAUCGACCGGCUACCAGCCACUGCCUCUAGCGGAGGUUCCGGAGGCACUGGCAAUGCCGCAAGAACCCAAGGGAGAGAUGCCAGCCGAAGAGGUGGCGGAGGAGGACAUAUCCACCAAGGAAACUCAGGAAUGCGAGGACCGAUGGUCCGUCAAGGACUUUGAGGCCAAGGCGGCCGCCUUUGUCAGCGGCCGGGUAUUGGCCUCUAGCAGGACAAUCGGUUCGAGGAGCCAGUGGCAAGAUGCCUUGGUCCUCCUCGCAGAUCUGCAGGACUCCAGGGCUGCUGCGAGCAUCCGAGCCUACACUGCAGCCAUCCGCGCGCUUCGCUCAGGCGGUCGCUGGCAGCAUGCGCUAGCCUUGAUGGCGCAGAUGUCGGCUGCGAGCUUGCAGCCGGACGUGAUCUUGCACAGUGCAGCCAUGAGCGCUUGCGAGAGGGGCUCAGCAUGGCAGGCAGCUCUGGCGCUACUGAAAGACGCGGUCAACAUUCAGCUACAGGUAGACGUCAUUCUGUACAGCGCUGCCAUCAGCACAUGCGACAAGGGUCAGCAAUGGCAACAAGCUCUUGCGCUCUUUGGCCAGCUGCAGGAGUCACAACUCCGCACCGAUGUCAUCGUCUGCAAUGCCGCAAUCAGUGCUUGUGCCAAGAGUGGGCAAUGGCAGAAAGCCCUGGCACUGCUGGAGCAGCUUCCGCAACAACACCUGGUGCCAUCCGAGGUGACCUACAACACGGCCAUCAGCGCUACAGCAAAGGCAGGCAGAUGGGAGGUGGCUCUGCAGCUUCUGGCCGACCUUCAUGCUGUUCGCAUCCAGCCCGGGGCGAUCGCCUUCAACUCGGCGACCGCGGCAUGCGCGACUGGUGGUCACUGGCUCCAGGCACUGGCACUGGUGGCAGCCGCUGAGAAAGCAAAGGUGGCGGACUUGAUCGGUGCAAGUUCGGCCAUCGCAGCCUGUGAGAAAGCCUCAGAAUGGCAAGUGGCACUGGCACUGCUGUGGCAGCUGGAGGAGGCGGGCAUUCAGUGCGACCUGCUUGUGUACAACUCCGCCACCAGUGCAUGCGAAAAGGCUGCCGAAUGGCAGUGGGCCCUGGCUUUGUUGGAGCAGGCUCAGGUCAAGAGCCUGCGAGUCGAUCUCAUCUCCUUCAAUGCUGCCAUCAGCGCCUGCGGGAAUGCCGGCUGCUGGGAGCAGGCGCUCCACCUCUUGGGCGCCCUGAGACCUCGUCGGCUUUGUCCUGACAGCGUAACGAGCAAUGCACUUACCAGCGCCUAUGAAAAGGCGAGCCAGUGGCAACGGGCCCUUGGCGCCCUCUCCCCAGGCAGCAACGUCGUGGCCCUUGCGGCCGCGGUGAGCGCCUGCGCCCUAUCUCGGGAAUGGCAACAGGCGCUCGUCCUUCUCUGUGAGCUUCGUACACGUGCUCUUCGCAGCAACACGAUCCUCUUGAACUCCUCCCUGACCGCCUGCGAGAAGGGCGAGCAAUGGCAGCUCGCACUGGACCUGCUUGGAACCAUGGAGAGCUCGGGUCUUCCGAGGACGCGGGUCAGCUUCAACGCGGCCAUCAGCGCCACCGAGAAAGGCAAAGCUUGGUUGCAGGCCUUCCAGCUGCUUGCGCUGCUCCAGGGGAGGAGCUUUGAGGCAGACUCGAUCUCAUACAUUGCUGCCAUCAGUGCUGCCGAGAAGGGGGGCCGAUGGAUUUCUGCCUUGCAACUCUUGACGGAGGUGGAAGGCAGCGAUCUGAAGGUGGGUGUCGUGACCUACAACACCGCUUUAGCGGCCUGCAAGAAAGCCAAUAGGCUGCCACAAGCCUUGCAGGUCGUGGAUGAUCUUCACAAGCAGCGGCUCCAGCCUGACAUCAUCACCAUCAGCACGCUUAUCGGCGAUCCGCUGCGGCCCUUAGCCCUUGCCUACUACGGCCGGGCCUGGGCCUGGCUGCUGGGAGAGCUUGGCCUCGGAGAAAAGGGCUCCGAGCCGGUCUUGAUUCGCCGGUCGACGAGGGCGGACACACUUCGGAAGCCGUCAACCGUGACAGCCGAGUCACAAGUCUGGGAGUAUCUUUUGGAGUCGAGGUUAACCGUCUUUCUCCCCGGUUGUUGGAGACGUCCGCCCACUGCGAAGACUACAAUAGCCAUGGCCGGCCGUGUUGCUUCCGCCACCGCAUUCGCCCUGUCCGCUGGCAGCUGCCUCGCUUUCGUUGCGCCAAAGGCUGAGGAGACUGCCUCCGCAGCUUCCCUCCGUGCCACCCCAGCGCCGGCGACAUCUGCACCCGUCCCGACCAGCCUGGGGGCCGCAGGGGCCGUGGCAGCCCUCGCUGCUGGAGCCGUGGGCGCCUCGAUGCGACAGAGCCGAGGUCAGUCGACUGCUCGCCGGGUGGUUGGUGUCUGCACUCCGCUGACCGACAAGUUCGACCCCCUGAACCUGGGAAGCACGGACGCCAAGAUGGACCGAUACACCCAGGUGGAGAUCAAGCACGGCAGGGUGGCAAUGCUUGCCACUGUCGGAUACAUCAUGCCGGAGAUCUUCCGCUUCCCGGGCUGCGAGGAGUUCAAGCACGGCCUGGGCGCGCUGGAGAGCAUCCCAGCCGAGGGAUGGUUUCAGCUCUUCGCGCUGGUUGGUGCCCACGAGAUCCUGGUGAAGCCUCGCGAGGGCGGCAUGGGCCUCUAUGACUUCGGCCUGGGAACCUGGCUGCUGGAUGGAAUCGAUGAUGAGGAGCUGGAGCGCAGGCAGACCUCUGAGCGCAACAACGGAAGGUUGGCUAUGGUGGCCAUCAUGGGAAUGAUGUGGCAGGACGGCACGUUUGGCCAGCCGCCCCUCGCUUACAUGAACGUGAAUGGCUUCUGGGGUGAGCCAGUGAACUUCAUCGUCCAGGACAUCGCGAACUGCAAGGGCCAGCCCGGGCUCUGCGCGCAGAGCACCCGUGGCGAGCGAACCGCGAUGCGGGCCAUGCAGAAGCUUGCAGAGGGUGACUACGUCGAGCUUGAGACCUACCCCGAGGAGAUGGAGAUGUCCCCAUCCGUUCCCUUCCUGCGCUACCCGCAGGUCCUCAAGGGCUGGGUUGGCGAGGAGAAGGGCUUCGACCCGCUGGGCGUCACGGAUGCGCUGCCGGUGUACUGGGUCCGCGAGGCAGAGCUGAAGCAUGGUCGAAUCGCCAUGCUGGCCACGGUAGGAUGGAUCGCCACGGACCUCGGCUUCCGCUUCCCGGGCGACAAAUUCCAAGCUGUGAAGAGCUCUGUUGAGGCCCACGACAAGAUGGUGGAGGCAGGCUACAUGCUUCCUUUCUUCGGGGCCAUUGGCGUCUUCGAGCUCUUCGCCCUCUGGCUUUUGUUCCAAGCCUGGCCCGUUGGCGAUGGCAUCAACCGAGAAGCUGGAGACUUCUGGCUGGGCAAGAACUUCCUGCCCAAGGAGCCCGCAAAGGAGAAGGACAUGCGCUUGAAGGAGCUCGAGAAUGGUCGUCUGGCCAUGUUUGCCUUCAGCGGCAUCGUCACUCAGGCGGUCAUCACUGGCAAGACUUGGCCCUUCUUCGACUAG